AAGGACUUUUAGACAUUUAAAUUACUAGACGCUUGCAUUUAAAAAAUGCAGACUGACCAAAGAGAAGACGCAAAUGCGCUUUUACGGAGUUAUCUGCGAUAUGCAGAAAGUAAAAGACCCGAUCUUGCGGCAAUAGAGGAUCCAGUGAAAAGAGAAGAUGAAAUUUUAAAGUGGAUGGAAGAGAUGGAAGAACCGGAAAAGCUGCUAUUUGGUUUCUGUGAAGACAAUCCAAACAAUAAUGUCGGAGUGAUGUCUGAAAAAGUAAAAAAAGAAACUGAAGAUGCCCUAAACAGAAUGGACGAGGUAAAGAAUCUACCAGUGGAAGACACGAUUUGGCUCAUUGAAGAAUUUCUUGACUUAAAAGAUGAGGAUGGUCAGUCUUUUAGAGUUUUAACCAUCAAUGACAAAAAUAACUAUGUUCUGGGUACGAGAAAUGCCUACGCACAUGAAACCACCUUCGCCAACCAAUGCCGAGAGCUGUUGUGUAUUUGUACACUACAUCCAAUGGUUGGCCUGCCAAGGAGACCACUGAAAGUGACCUUUAAAGACCCAGCAUCUGCAGAGAAGGCAGUGGGGUUGGACGUGUCAGAUUUGGGGAUUACAUAUAUGUAUGCAGGGAUGGAACAAGCGCCUGAACCAGAGCCAGUCAGAAUGAGGGAAUGUUGUGUGUGCCGUCUACGUGGAUCUAAAGACCUUUUCAAAAAAUGUUCUUCAUGCCAAGCUGUACUGUACUGUUCUAAGACGUGUCAGAAGAAAGACUGGUCUCAGAAAGGGCCACUUGCUGCACACUGCCACAAGUACUGGUGUAAGAAGAUGAAGGCAUACAUGUCCAAAGCUGACGAACUCAGAAAUUUUCCAUUCACUUUUGCGGCCGAGACAACUUCUGAGGACUUUGAUGCCAUUAAAUACAGACAGUUCCUAGAGAGAAAUGGUGUGUAUGGACAAGGAGCAUGGCGUCGUGAAUGUCAGCAACCUAGUCAUCAACAUAAAGAUUGUCCAUGUCUUAUUCCAUUUGGGGAAUUGCCAAAAGCUGAUGACCUGAUUGUAUUACCUGUGGAGUCUACAAUAUUGGACGAUAGCCCAGAAAGUCUAGUAGAGGGAUUACGUUGUUGGGAAUCGUACUACAAAUGGCGAGGAUUUAGAAUGGAUUCACCUAUAGCUAUUCUGUUACACUGGCCACUAACCAUGUUCUAUAUCAUCAAAUACUGCUUACCUAAUGACAGUCCUGACUGGUGGGAAGAUCUAGAUGAGGGAAAUCUGUUGGUAGAUAUUGUUGGUGUUGAGAAAGAAGUGGAAAUGCUAUCAAUUUUCAAGGAGCUUGGAUAUCUUUUACCUGACCUCACAAUAGACAUACAGAUGUAUGGGAAUGAAAUCUCCAAGAACAUGGAUGGAGAGAUUUACAAGGAAGGCAAUGUGAAGAUAGAGGUUAUUCGAGGACUGUAUCAUCGGAAAUCAUCCACAGCUCGCAAACCACAUGUUGCCAUAGGAUUUAAUGCAGGACUGGGUGCCUAUCAACACUGGUCACAGACAUUGGUGAAGUUACGGACACAGAAAACUCCAGCUUACUUCACAGAUUACUGUCAGUAUAGCUGUGAGUGUGCCCGCAGUCCAGUUGAGGGGCUAGGACUUGGAACCAUUUCAGACCCCAUCAUCAACCCAUUCAGAAAUCCAAUUAGAAAGUUGGCCACAGAGAAUGAUAUGCCCUGGUACAGCAAUGGUUUCAUGUAUCAUCUCAUUUACCCAUAAUGCUAUUGUGUAUCAUCAUUUACCCAUUGUGCCAUUAUUAAAUCAUCAUCAUUUACCCAUUAUGCCAAUGUGUAAUUGUUCUAUAAAUCAUCAUUUACACAUAAUGUCAUUGCAUUGUUAUUUCAUGUAUCAUAUCAUGUACCAAUAAUGCCAUUGUGUAAUUGUUCUACAAAUCAUCAUUUACGCAUGUCAUUGCGUUGUUAUUUCAUGUAUCAUGUCAUGUACCAAUAAUGCCAUUGUGUAAUUGUUCUACAAAUCAUCAUUUACGCAUAAUGUCAUUGCGUUGUUAUUUCAUGUAUCAUGUCAUGUACCAAUAAUGCCAUUGUGUAAUUGUUCUACUAAUCAUCAUUUACGCAUAAUGUCAUUGCGUUGUUAUUUCAUAUAUCAUGUCAUUUACCAAUAAUGCCAUUGUGUAAUUGUUCUACAAAUCAUCAUUUACGCAUAAUGUCAUUGCGUUGUUAUUUCAUGUAUCAUGUCAUGUACCAAUAAUGCCAUUGUGUAAUUGUUCUACUAAUCAUCAUUUACGCAUAAUGUCAUUGCGUUGUUAUUUCACAUAUCAUGUCAUGUACCAAUAAUGCCAUUGUGUAAUUGUUCUACAAAUCAUCAUUUACGCAUAAUGUCAUUGCGUUGUUAUUUCAUGUAUCAUGUCAUGUACCAGUAAUGUCAUUGUGUAAUUGUUCUAUAAAUCAUCAUUUAUACAUAAUGCUGUUGUGCGAUUAUUUUUUGAACCAACUUUUACCCAUAGGAUCAUUGUGUAGUUAUUUCAUGUAUCAUCUCGUUUACUCAUAAUGUGUAUUGUUUAGUCAUUUCAUACAUCAUCAUUUACCCAUAAUGCAUUUGUGUAUCGUCUCAUUUACCCAUAAUGCCAUUAAGGUUUCCUGAAGUAUCUCAUUUACACGUACCUUAGUUUAGUUGUAAAUGGCAUGGUACUUGACCUUAGACAACUCGGGGAAUAAGAAAA